UUAGAAGGAAAGCCUGCCUGCUGACUGUAAACUGGAAAGCAUUUUUUACACUCAGCGUGGCAGUAACUCAUUAAAAGUCAGUGAAAACAUUUUCUACUCACCGCGAGAUUAAAAUGCAGCACACUUAGGAUGUCGGGGUUUUUUACCUUCUCGACAUAGUACUUCGGGAUAAUCUCCACAAGUCUUACUUUCUCUUAGCAGAGAGACGGGGCAGAAGGAGAAGGUUCGAAGAGGGGGCGUCCAGUGGGGAGAAGCGGCCGCUGAGCGAGGCGGUGGAGGCGGUGAGGUGAGGAGGGCACUCAGAGGAGGGUGACGGGGGCAUGGAGAUGUUGCGUCGCUCCUCUGUGUUUGCCUCUGAAGUGUUUGACCGCUCGCCCACCGACAAGGAGCUGGUGUCCCAAGCCAAAGCACUGUGCAGGGAAUACAUCCACUCCAGGCUGAACCGUGCCGGGAUCGGCUGGUCCAAGCCUGAACACGGACUGGCCGCAUCAGGUGGGACACUGGGAGAGAUAUCGUCGGUCCUGCUGUGGCUGGGCGAUGAGUUGGAGUACCUUCGUCCCAAUGUGUACCGUAACGUCGCCCGACAGCUGAACAUCACAGUGGCAUCGGAGAGCGUGGUGUCCGACGCCUUCCUGGCUGUCGCUGCAGACAUUUUCUCCACAGGUGUGACAUGGGGAAAGGUGGUUUCCUUGUACGCUGUGGCGGGAGCCUUGGCGGUGGACUGUGUACGCCAUGGUCAUCCAGCAAUGGUCCAUAUCAUUGUCGACUGCAUGGGGGAGUUUGUCCGCAAGAGCCUGACUUCCUGGUUAAAAAAGAGAGGAGGCUGGGUGGAUGUAACAAAGUGCGUGGUGAGCACUGACCCAAACUUCUGUUCGCACUGGCUGGUGUCUGCUGUCUGUGCCUUUGGACACUACCUGAAGACGGUCGUGCUACACCUCCUCCGCGAGAAGUGAAAGAAAAAGAGACACAGUGGAUUGUGAGCACACUGCCCGGCACUGCACACCACCAACACCACUAAAGCACCCACUGCUUUGGAAUAUGUUUACACUUAUUUGCACUGAGCCUCGUUGAUGAACACCCACCCAUUUCACAGACAGCGAACUUUUCUCGCGUCUUUGGCUUCCCCUUGUCUAUUUAUUAUUAAUGGUUAUAUAAUGGCACACAUCGGAUGCAAACGUAUAAAAACUGCAUCUGUGAGCAAGUUUAGUUUUUCAUUUUUCAUCAAACUGCACAGCUUCCAGUCUUGGUGCCUGUUUUGCAGGUAUUUGGCUGCUCCUAGUGGUACCAAAUGGUAACUACUAGGCCUAUACACAGAGAAGUCAACUCAGGAUAAUCCUGAGGCCAUUCAUGAAAACUUGGUAUUAGAGGAAAUCUACAUUUUUUGCCUGGGCUGUAAUAGUUCAUGCUAGAUAAAGAGAAAAUUCAACAUAUUUUUGACCAACUAAGGACUGUACAAAAUUCCUUGAUAUCGAGGGAUCAGAAAAAACAUGGUUUGUGUAUUUGUUUUUCUUUUGACUUUGCAGUCUGAAAUGCUCAGAACAGCACAUUCUCUGUUCAGGCCUUUAUUGUUCUUAUCAUGAUUGGCAGCAGCUUUGACAUUUUCUCUCCAUUCCUACAGUCACUCUUCAACAUUGUUCUGAAAGCAUUUAAAGUGACAGUUCGUCCCAAUGUCAGAUUGACAGAUUUUCCUCUGGCCCUCUUAUGCUGUAUGUCAGUCUACAUUAUUCAGGCGUGAGUUGCUGUUUUUGGAGGUGACAGGUUUAUAUAUGUCUGCUUUCACUUGAAAAUAAUACAAUUAAAUGACAACGGCCCUUUGAUGCUCAAAGCAUCGAAAACUCAGCAGCAAUGCCUCUUACGCUAAAUCAUCAGCCCUGUUUCACUAUUUUCUUUUUACAAAAUAAAAUUUUACCAUAGCAUGAAUAUGUCAUCAUCGCUAAUUCCAGCGAUACAGUUAACAAAUGUUAACUGUAAAAAAACAAACAAAAAACAGUUAACAAAUGUAGAAAGAAAGUCAGUCUCUCAUCAAACUGCUGACAACAAGGUUUGCAGAUAGUUUUUAUUUAUUUUUUUAAUGAGUAACCCUGUCAUGAUUUCUGCAAAACGAUGCAUGGUGUGCUGUUAUCUUUAAAAUGGCAAAUGUGAUCUUGACCUUGAUGAAACAAAUUUGGAUGGAAACCCAUUAGGUGAUCAUUGUGUUUAAGUGUGAUUACAUUCUGAUCAAUACUCCAGGAGGAGUAAUCCUCACCGUGGCAUAAGCUUGUUGGUUCUACAGUUGGAUGAAACAGGUGGCAUUGAGCCAAACUCUAGAAGGAUCAAUAAGACCAUAGACCAGAGGGAAUCAAUGCAGUUUUGAUUUUGGGGUGAAAUGUACCUUUGUUAUAAAAAGGGUAGACCAUACAUUUAUUCUACCUGGUGAAUCCAUAGUAAACAUUAAGAUUACAAAUGUUGAAGCUGAGAUUAAGCUUUAUCCCGAGUUAUUUAUGAAUACUUUUUUAUUAGGAUAUAAAAUUAGAACAUUUUAGGUUUUUUAAUGGGCUUUGAUGCUUACACCAAGUCUCUAUGUACAGCCCCUUAAUUCAUCUUCAGUCUUCACUGUGAGGGAGUUUGUUAUAUUGCUGAAAACUGCAGUGAGUUGCAACGUGUUUUUUUCUGAGCACUUUCAUUUCAUGAGUAGAAUUUAUUCCAUGAAUAAUUUCACUGUUUAUAUGGCAUGUUAAAUACAUAAAUGUUUGUGAAUGGUCUUUGACUGUAAAUGUGCAGACAUAAAUAAAAUAUUCUUAAAGCAA